AGAAGAACAGCUGAUGGGACAGUCUCCCACAAGUCUGAGGAGCAUGGACAUGAAGUUCACGGCCACAGAUCAACGACCACCUCUGCUCAUGGUGAGGCGGAGGAGCACACACAAACAGACACUGGCAGAAAAGUUCCCAACAAGUCUGAGGGACACGAAUCUCCUGAUCAUAGAACGACUUCAUCUGAGCAUGAGGACAAAACAGUUCCCCACAUGUUUGACGGACACACGCAUGAAAUUCAUCACCACAAAACUACAACUUCAUCCGAGUUAUACGGAAGAAAAUGGCAAGAGGAGGUGGAUAAAGGAAGAGAAGUUUUUCAUAAGUCUGAUCAACCAGGACACGAGAAUCAUGAACACAAAACCACAAGUCCUUCAGAGCAUGAUCAGGAAGAGGCUGAGAGAAAAGUGGCUCACAGGUUUGAUAGUCAUGGACACAACAACACACAAACUGAGCACGAGCAUGAGGACCAUCCACAUAGAACAACUGAAACAAAAGAUUUCCAUAAGCCUGAAAAACACUUACAUGGAACUCAUGGCCACAAAACCUCAGAGCAUCAAAUCUCAGAUGAAUUUGAACACGUGACUCAUCAUGAAGAGGAAGAGCAUCUAGAGAGAGAGACAGGAAGAAAAGUCUCCCACAAGUCUGAUGGACACGUGCAUGAAACUCAUGGCCACAAAACAACAAUCUCAUCUGAGCACAGGCGAGACACAGAGGAGGGGGAGCAUGAAGACAAUGAAAGCACAAGUAACUAA